CACCGGACAGACCCGGGUUCCGGGCACCACGGGCCAUGGCGGGCGAGGACCACCAGUGGCAGGACAGCAUCCUCUACAACAUGCUCAUGAGCGCGAAGCAAGCGCACGCGGCUGCGGAGGCGCCCGAGGCGCGGCUGGGGGGCGCGUGCUGGGGCUGCUCGUGUGGCGCGGAGCCCCUGGUGGGCAGAGCGGAGCUGCCGCGGGGGCGGACAGGGGCGCUCAUGUACCGCUGCUGCUUUUGCGGGGAAGACCACCCGCGGCAAGGCAGCAUCCUCUACUGCAUGCUCACAAGCGCAAAGGAGGCGCAAGCGGCUGCGGAGGCGCCCAAGGAGCGGCCGGGGGGCGCGUGCUGGGGCUGCUCUUGCGGCUCGGAGCCCCCGGUGGGCAGAGAGGAGCUGCCGGAGAGGCGGGCCAUGGCGCUCCUGUACCGCUGCUGCUUUUGCGGUGAAGACCACCCGCGGCAGGGCAGCAUCCUCUACAGCUUGCUCACGAGUGCAAAGCAGACGCACGUGGCGCCGGAAGCGCCCGAAGCGCGGCUUAGGGGCGCGUGGUGGGACCGCUCCUACGGCGCCCAGGGCCUGGGGGGCAGAAAUGCGCUGCCCGGUGGGAGGGCAGGGGCGCUCCUGUACCGCUGCAGCUUUUGCGGGGACGACCACCCGCAGCAGGACGGCAUCCUCCACCACUUGCCCAUGAGCGCAAAGCUGGCGCACGCCGCUCCCGAGACGCAGCUCGCGGCCCCUUUCUGGGACCCCCUGUGUGGCGCACAGCGGCGGGUGGCCCUCAAGAGUCCACAGGUGGUCUGCGAGGCUGCCUCGGCCGGCCUGUUGAAGACGAUGCGCUUUGUCAAGUACUUACCCUGCUUCCAGGUGCUCCCUCUGGACCAGCAACUGGUGCUGGUGCGCAACUGCUGGGCGCCGCUGCUCAUGCUCGAGCUGGCUCAGGACCGCUUGAACUUCGAGACGGUGGAGAUCACGGAGCCCAGCCUGCUGCAGAGGAUCCUCACCACCAGGCGGCGGGAGACCGCGGGCGACGAACCGCCGCCUCUGUCCCCGCUGCCGCCACACUUGGUACGGCCGCUGGAGGCCGGGCAUUUGCCGUCUGCCGCUGAAGUCCAAGUCAUCAAAUGCUUCCUUGCCAAGUGCUGGAGCCUGGACAUCAGUACCAAGGAGUACGCGUACCUCAAGGGGACCGUGCUCUUUAACCCAGGCCUGCCAGGCCUGCAGUGCGUCACGUACAUCCAGGGACUUCAGUGGGGAACUCAGCAGAUACUCAGCGACCACAUCAGGAUGACGCACAGGGGGCACCACAUCAGAUUCGCCCAACUGAAUAGCGCCCUCUUCCUACUGAGAUACGUCAAUGCCAAUGUCCUUGCGGAACUGUUUUUCAGGCCCGUCAUCGGUUCAGUCAGCAUGGAUGAUAUGAUGCUGGAAAUGCUCUGUGGCAAGUUAUGAAGGUGUGGGGGCCACACAGGUGCAGUUGACAAUGAGAGAAAGAUAAGGAACCGGAGGCAGAACAGUGUAAAAAAAAAUAAUGUAAAAUAGACUUAUUUUUCUAUGCAUAUUUUUGUAUUCGAUUCAAGAAAAACUUGAGUUCUAGACCCUUAGAAAAUCCUCUGAUCCAUACUGUUUCAUCAUGAAGAAAAACGUUUACCAGCAGGUAACACAUCUCUGUCCAUCUUUGAGAAGAGAGCAGGAUGUUACUGUCAUAACCUCUUGUCACACUUUUAGUGACUCUCUCCAGUGAACCUACUAAAAUCAAAUCUGUAAUAGUAAGUUAUAAUAAAUGUUAAGGUGUUAACCAUUAACUUGAUUGCAAAAAAAACCAAAAACAACCCAGAGCUUAAGCAAGGCUUCAAAAAAUAUCAAAAACCUAGCCCACAAAAACAAAAAUAAAGUUACCUUUGGAGGUGACACCAUAACAUUUAAUGUGAAGACUCUCCUUGCACCAACUGGAGUUAAGUGGCAAUCUGUGAGCACAGAGACACCUGAAAGUGAAGUCAGAGCUUUUCAGAAUUUUAGUUUAAGACUUUAUGCAAUAAAGUUCAACAAGAAACUUGUAUUCUAUACGGAGGAGCUACAGUUCUAGAAAGCUCAACAUUGUUAUAAACCCCAAAUGGUAUCUCAUCUUUAAGGUACAUUACAUAUGUAACUGUCACCUUGAAUAAGCAUGGCAUAAAAUUAUUAAGGGACUUGAUUGUUGACUCUUGCUGCCCCUAUGAAUGUAAUCUGUGUAACUAAUUCUUCCUUAUCCGUGGAUAAAACUUAAGGCAUUAAAUGUUUAUCCACUCAUAGGUAAGAAAUUGCCCAUUAGUGAUAAAUACAUCUAGCCCAGGCUACUGACCCGUUGCAAGAAGCCUUAAACUUUAGUGCAGACCCCUUUAGCGGUCGGGCGAAUGCCUGGACAUCUCAGAAUCAGGCUCUGAGAAUAUCGCAGCAAAUAAAAUACUUAGGAUUGCAAAGGAAAUGAAUUGUGUCAAAAUAAAAUAAAAAUUUUAAAAGUA